UGUGAACGUGAGCAGUUGGGUACUGAUUCAGACGCAUUUGCGAAGGACUUCAUCGCAUCUCGCGUCCUGCUUGCUGCGGCGCCGACGAAUCCACGCGAUUUAACGCGUUGCGAUUUCCGUCCGACGAGAAAACUUACGUCGUGAUGGUCUUGGCAGAGAGAAAUUCGGAAAAUGUGCGUAACGGCCGUCGAUCGCGAGGCCCCAGCCCUAACGUACAAUCUGACUCGUCCAGUGAAGAAGAAGGAGUUCCAGCAGAAAAGAUAAGAGUUGGACGAGAUUAUCAAGUCGUCGUUCCAGAAUUUGUUCCUGUUAAUGAACGUCGAUUGGAUCAGUGUCCUGAUAGGGCAUUAUUAGUUUGGUCACCUACCACGGAUAUACCAGAUCAAAAAUUGGAUGAAUACAUUAUAUUAGCUAAAGAAAAAUAUGGUUAUAAUGGAGAACAGGCAUUGGGAAUGUUAUUUUGGCAUAAGCAUAAUUUGGAACGCGCAGUCCUGGAUUUGGCAAACUUUACACCAUUUCCUGACGAGUGGACGGUUGAAGAUAAAGUAUUAUUUGAGCAGGCGUUCCAAUUUCAUGGCAAAAGUUUCCAUCGCAUUCGACAAAUGUUACCUGAUAAAUCUAUCGCAAGUCUUGUGAAAUACUACUACAGCUGGAAGAAGACACGAACUAGAACAUCAUUGAUGGACAGGCAAGCACGUAAAUUGACGAGCGGCUGCAAAGAAGGUGAAAAUGGCAGCGAAAAUGGAAGUGAGCUUGGUUCCAACACAGAUAGCGAAUCCGAAGAAAAAAAAUGGACGAUCCACCGCGGAAUACGUCGUGGAAAGAACCAAGCUGUGCCAGGAAGCCAAGGCACUGAUGCUAAGGCCCCAUCCGACUCGGAAAACGCCCCUCAGGUUCAGGGCUCGUGUAGCAACUGUGGCAUCGCAUGCCAUAGUGUUCGUGCGACGCCCAAGGGACAUGCGUGUCAUAGCUGCUAUCUACAUUGGAGGCGUACCGGUGUAGCAAGACCGUUAACUUCCAUGCCGGGUCGUACGAAUAAAAGAAAACCACCCCGGGGCUUAGUUGUGAAUCAUGAUGAUUUGGCGGCGUUGGCUGGUCAACCAAAUCAAGCCAACAACAGUUUGCAAGCUAUCGACACUGAGAUCGUUAGCUUAAAACGUCAAAUACAAGCUAACAAACAACAAGUAAGUGCACUGAAGCGAAAGACAACGGAUGGUAUCGACCAUCUACGACCGCCGGAAGUGUCAGGCCGUAUAAAUGCACGCUGGACAAAUGAUGAAUUGCUAUUAGCGGUUCAAGGCAUUAGAAAAUAUGGAAAGGAUUUUGCCGCAAUUGCUGAAGUUAUUGGUACCAAAACUGAAGCCCAUUUACGAUCAUUUUUCGUGAACUAUCGACGAAGAUAUAAUUUGGAUGCAGUACUGAAAGAAUUUGAGGCUGAAAAUGGUCCCAUUCUUAUUGAUGAUGAAAAAGAAGAAAAGAUGGAUGUUGAACAAUCAAAUGAUACUGCAGAAUCAUCUCAAAAGGGGAAAGCUUCCACUGGGCCUGGACAAGCUGCUAAAUAACAAAUGAGUACAAUUUUAAAUACAA